GGGAAGUCCCUUCUGAUACCCAGCUAGCUAACAUUUAAUGUUCAUGUUAAGUUAAUGGUAGCGUCAGUAAAAUGCUGAACGACAGCGAUCUUGCAAACUUACGGAAUCGAUUUAAAAGAGAUGCAGAAUUGCUUAUGCGACCAGCAGAUUCGGGUGCCGAAGAUGAAAAGAGUCAGGAGGAAAAAGAGGUCAAACCACUCCCCCGCAUCAAUAAACACUCUGUUUUCUGGAUUGUGGCUUCGGUAGUUGUGACAUACUACGUGGACUUCCUCCGACACAUCAUGGAAAAUGAUGAUAUAAAAAGUUGGUGGUUCAGCGUUGGUCUGUUACUCCUGGGGAUCUGCUUGUCUCUGGCCACGUUUUGCAUUGUGUACUUGGAGUGGUACAAAGGCAUCCAGCACUAUGACCAAGAGUACCCUGCCAUUCCUCCAAUCACCACUGCAGCAUUUAUCGCUGCAUCAUGCAGCUUUAACAUUGCAUUAUGGCCAGUGUGGUCCUUCUUCACUCCACUCAUCCUCUUCACACAGUUCAUGGGUGUGGUCAUGUUCAUCUCUUUGCUUGGAUGAAUAGGAAAGCUUUACCAUUGAGUUAUGGCCAGUGUGGUCCUCCUUUACUCCACUCAUUUGAUUCACACAGUUCAUCGGUGUAAUUAUAUUCAUCUCGCAAUCUUUGUGUUACUGUUUUUUGUUUUGUUUGGUUUUUUUGACUGCUGUAAAGAUUAAUUUUCAAUGUCUUUUAUCAAACAACUGAGAUUGUAUUGUUUCUGUUUUAAAGAUACUAAAGGUAGUACUAAAGGUACUAAAACAAAAAAAGCUGCACAGUGCAUUAUGUAUAGUAAAAUGAUUGUAAAUAAAGAUU